GACAGACAGACAUCCUCGAACGAACUUCCUUUUCGCGCUGCCAUUCUGUCUUCGUUGCUUGUUUUAUCACCGCUUUGAAUAACGAGUCAAGCUUUUUCAGCUUGCUUCAUAUCUCCUGUAUCUUCGACUUUGAUCCCUUCGCUAGAUUUUCUCACAUUCCGCAAUGGGCAAGUUGACCAGCACGAUCGGUAUUCCGAUCAAGCUUCUUAAUGAGGCGCAGGGCCACGUCGUCACACUCGAGAUCACGUCCGGGGUUGUCUACCGUGGAAAACUCCUAGAGGCUGAGGACAACAUGAACGUCCAACUGAAGGAUAUCACGGUCACCGCGCGCGACGGCCGCGUGUCACAUCUCGACCAGGUGUACAUUCGGGGAAGCCAUGUGAAGUUUUUCAUUGUGCCGGAUAUGCUUAGAAACGCUCCCAUGUUCCGCUCACGAGGCCAGCGCGGUCGCGGUGUCGGUCUUGCUCGUGGUAAGGCCACGGUGCAGAGGGCGAGGGGACAGAGACGGGGUUAAAUCGGAUGGAAUACUAGUGGAUAAGUGGAUGGAUGCUUCGGUGCGGCGUUUUGUUUUAUUUGAGUUCUUUCUAUGUCUCCUUUUCGUAUCUAUAAACUUGUCUCGUAUUGGCUGUCUGGGUCGUCGGGUCUGAUAUCAUAUCAAAUAAAUCGAGUUGAUUGGGUUAAAUUGGGUUUCUUGAGGGCAUUGAUGGGGGUAAUGUGAUUGUGGCAGUGCUGCUUGGGUUCCGUAUGGUGUUUCCUUGGGAGGAUUCUCAAAAUGUAGUGAUGAGACCAAGCUGUGCAGCAGAUGCACAGACAGCUAAGCUGAUAGGCUAAAUUGAACCCCACGACACGAAGAAUAUGGA